GGCAGCGGUCGCCGGGAGCAGGGAGCCCAGGGCGCCCGCUCCUCGGCCCAGCAUGUUUCAGCCGGCGCCCAAGCGCUGCUUCACCAUCGAGUCGCUGGUGGCCAAGGACAGUCCCCUGCCCGCCUCGCGCUCCGAGGACCCCAUUCGUCCCGCGGCGCUCAGCUACGCCAACUCCAGCCCCAUAAAUCCGUUCCUCAACGGCUUCCACUCGGCCGCCGCCGCCGCCGCCGCGGGCAGGGGCGUCUACUCCAACCCGGACUUGGUGUUCGCCGAGGCGGUCUCGCACCCGCCCAACCCUGCCGUGCCAGUGCACCCGGUGCCGCCGCCGCACGCCUUGGCCGCCCACCCCCUGCCCUCCUCGCACUCGCCACACCCCCUCUUCGCCUCGCAGCAGCGGGACCCGUCCACCUUCUACCCCUGGCUCAUCCACCGCUACAGAUAUCUGGGUCAUCGCUUCCAAGGUAAAAGUAUGGUUUCAGAACCGGAGGACGAAGUUCAAAAGGCAGAAGCUGGAGGAAGAAGGCUCAGAUUCGCAACAAAAGAAAAAAGGGACACACCAUAUUAA